UUUCUAUUUUUGGCUGAGAUCGGGUUGGGGAGAAGGAGAAGCAAGGAACAAAGAUGGGAGAAAGUAAAAGCAAAAGCCAACUGUUUGGACGUAGAAGAGAGGAUCCUGCAACAGCUUCUCUCCCCUAACUAUAAGUGAUUGGCUUUCUUACACGACAAAGCCUUUGGGCUGCUCCUCCUAUGUUCUCCAAUUGUUUUUAAAUGACUGUUCUUGUCCUCGUGUUCGUCCUCGUCUUUCUGGAGACUCUUCAACCCAAUUCCCGUAUUUAUUCGCGCAUAAAACGAUCAUUGAACUUUGUCAAUAAAGUAACAGAAAAGCUCACAGAGAUGGGGAAUUGCCUCUCCUUCUUUGAGACUGGUAAAGCUUUGCCUGUUGAAAGCGCCUUCCAACUCCCUUCUCCAUUACUAACUUGGCCACCCGGAACCGGUUUUGGGCUCGGGACAAUAGACCUUGGUGGACUCCAAGUGUGUCAGAUAACAUCCUUCGACAAGGUUUGGUCCACACGUGAAGGUGGACCAGACAACCUUGGAGCAACAUUCUUCGAGCCUUCAUCACUACCGGAAGGCUUCUUUAUGCUCGGAUGUUAUUCCCAACCCAACAAUCAGCCUCUCCACGGAUGGGUUCUUGCUGGGAAGGACCAGUCAGAUGUUCUUAGAGAGCCGAUUGACUACACUCUCCUCUGGAGCAGUGAGUCUCUUAAGAUCAAGCAAGACGGCAUUGGCUACAUUUGGAUUCCAGUCCCACCAGAUGGUUACAGGGCUGUUGGACAUGUUGUAACAAGCUCCCAAGAGAAGCCCUCCAUGGAAAAGGUUCGUUGCGUGAGAGCAGAUUUCACAGACCAAUGCGAGGCCAACACGUGGAUAUGGGGCCCGGGUAAGACUAGUGACCCGAACGGGUUCAAUGUGUUUAACCUAAGGCCGAAGACCAGAGGGACGACGGCUAUGGGGGUCCCUGUAGGCACAUUCAUUGCUCAAAAUGGCGGGAAAGACCCUCCCCUCUCUCUAGUUUGCUUGAGGAAUAACUACUUGAACUAUGAGUCCUUUAUGCCCAAUCUAUCCCAAAUUGAGGCAUUGAUUCAAGCCUACUCUCCAUGGGUAUACUUUCAUCCCGGCGAAGCUUAUUUUCCAUCUUCAGUGAGCUGGUUCUUCAACAACGGAGCACUGCUUUAUAAAAAGGGCGAAGAAUCAAAACCUAUACCGAUCGACUCAACAGGAUCUAACCUCCCACAAGGCGGUUCAAAUGAUGGUGCUUACUGGUUGGACCUUCCAGUGGAUGGAAAGGCCAAAGAGAGAGUAAAGAGAGGAGAUCUACAGAGUUCCCAAGCUUAUUUCCACAUAAAGCCUAUGUACGCUGGGACAUUUACCGAUAUUGCGAUAUGGGUCUUCUACCCUUUCAAUGGUCCCGCAAGGGCAAAAGUCGAGUUCUUCAAUGUCUCGCUCGGGAAGAUAGGGGAACAUGUGGGUGAUUGGGAACACCUGACCUUAAGGGUGAGCAAUUUCAGUGGAGAGCUCUGGAAGGUCUAUUUCGCGCAGCAUAGCAAAGGAGUUUGGGUCGAUUCUUCGGAGGUGGAGUUUCAGAAUGGGAACAAGGUCGUCGCUUAUGCUUCUCUACAUGGGCACGCUUCAUAUCCAAAGCCCGGAUUGGUCUUACAGGGAAGCAACGGAAUCGGAAUAAGGAAUGAUACAGCUAAGAGUAAGAUCGUCAUGGACACCGGAGAGAACUGCUCGAUAGUUGCUGCGGAGUAUCUGAACAAUAAUAAAACUACCGUAGUGGAGGAACCGCCAUGGUUAAACUAUUUCAGGGAGUGGGGUCCUAAGGUUAGCUACGAUAUUGCAGAGGAGAUCAAGAAGGCAGACAAACACUUACCUGGGGUGCUGAGAAAAGAUUUCGAGAAAUUCAUCAGGAGCCUACCGAAUGAGGUUCUCGGAGAGGAAGGGCCCACUGGCCCUAAGAUGAAGAACAACUGGAAUGGAGAUGAAGCCUGAAGGAAUUUACCUCCAAAAGUAUCUAAAUAUGAGCCAGCUAAUGGCCAAGGUUGCAGAGCUUCACUCGCCUUAAUACACCUAUAAAGAGCUAUAUCCCCGUGCGCUUUCAAACUCUUCCAAUCCCCAGAGCGAAGAACAAUUCAAUAGUGAAUGAAUCAGUUUCUAUUUC